AUGGUACGAGGCCUCACACCUCAACAAAAAGUGACAUAGUCUGACAGUGACUCUGAAGAAAAUGAUGAGAUUGGGCAUCAGCCAGUUCCAAAACGAAGAAGAGCCACAGGACCAAGCCGUCAGCAGCCAGCCCCAGGACCUCAGGACCAGAACAAGACAGUUAGCAUAGAGCAAAGAGAGGUGGAAGGAAAUGGAACAAACCAUUUACGUGCCUACUUCGGGCUUCUUAUCCUUGCUGGAGUUUUCAGGUCCAAGAAGGAAUCCGCAGAAUCCCUGUGGGAUGCAGAAACUGAAAGAGAAAUUUUCCGUGCAACAAUGUCUCCGGAAAACUUUCAUAGAACUUCCAGGAUUAUCUGCUGUGACAAGCGAGAGCCUCCACCUUCUACCCCAACAGGCCUGUCAACUCUUCCAAGUUUGCGUAUACCGCUGACACAUCCCUGGACCCAAACCAAAGAUCAUCAUGGAUUAUGCCACAAAAGGGGGAGUAGACAAUACGGACAACCUUGUGAUGGCCUACAGCUGCUGACGGAGGACUCUACGCUGGCCACUGGUGAUAUUCUUUGA